AUGGAUUUGUCAAGACGCUUUUGCUCCACUGCCUUAGUGGCACUUAUAGUGGUGGCAGGCAUCCGGGAUUCCCAUUGCAAUUUCUGUCAGCUUGGUCCACUGCAGAGUAUAGCAAGUUUAACAAACAAGGGUUCGCCGCAGGACUUUCAGAGGGACGGAGGAAGGCAUCCAGAGGACCUUGACUGGCUUCUCUCCGAGUGGAGCGGGUGCCAAGCAUGCGAUCAGGAAACCGAGACCCGCUCGGCGAUUUGCGCUGAUAAGGACGGAAAAGUGUAUCCGCAACAGCUCUGCCGGUUGGCAGUCCCAGAACUCGUCCGUCCUUGCGAGUCGCUGAGGGCCCAAGCCAAGUGGUUUUCCUCGGAGUGGACCACUUGCUCCGCUACCUGUGGAAAGGGCAUCCAGACCCGGCUCGUAUUCUGCGAGGUGCUCCACGGCCAGACGAUAACUCCACAAGGGAACACUAUGUGCGACCAGGCGUCGAAGCCCGUUUCCCAACAGGAUUGCGUAGUUGAAUGCUCCUAUCUGGAUAAAAAGAAUAACGCCACCAAAGAAUCUCCUGAGUCGAGUGAGGACAUCUGUGCGCUGCCCCCCAAGAUAGGUAGUUGUUUCGGAAGUAUGCUCAAUUGGUACUACGACACUGAGAUUCAGUCGUGUGUCCAGUUUUUCUACGGCGGUUGCGGUGGCAAUGGAAACCGCUUCGCCACUGAGGAAUCCUGCUUGAUGCGUUGCAAGCCCCGUGUGCUGACCACCCCCAAGCCCAACCUAGCACUCCCUACACCGUCUUUGGAACAGUGUGAACAGCCUGCCGAUGCAGGUGAGUGCGGGGAUUGGGUCCUGAAGUGGAACUAUAAUUCCACUGAGGGUCGCUGUAAGCAGUUCUACUACGGCGGAUGCGGAGGCAACGAAAACCGAUUUGAAUCCGCCGAGGAAUGCUCAUUCCGCUGCGAGCAGGGAGCAGUGGAGAAGCAGCCGGAGCAGGAACCACUACCGGAAAAUAGUCCAAGCUUUUCUUACACCACCAGCUCCAAUCAAGCUCCUCCUACUCCAGCUUCAAAUGUAUCUUUAGCUGUGAGCCAGUGUGAACAGCCUGCUGAUGCCGGUGAGUGCGGGGAUUGGGUCCUGAAAUGGAGCUACACUUCCACAGAGGGUCGCUGUUAUCAGUUCUACUACGGCGGAUGCGGGGGCAAUGAUAACCGCUUCGAGUCCGAGGAGGAAUGCUCAACUCGCUGCGAACAGGGAACUGUGGUGAAGCAACAGGAAGAGGAGCCGUCGCCCAGCUCCUCCGACAUAUCCAGCCCCGAUCUAGAAAUCCCUUCUCCAACUCCAGAUGUAUCUCCAUCUGAGGACCAGUGUGAGCAGCCUGCCGAUGCAGGUGAAUGCUUUAAUUGGGUCCUGAAGUGGAACUAUAAUUCCACAGAGGGUCGCUGUAAGCAGUUCUACUACGGCGGAUGCGGGGGCAAUGAUAACCGCUUCGAGUCCGAGGAGGAAUGCUCAGCUCGUUGCGAACGGGGAGCUUAUGAGAACCAACAGAAAGAGAAUUCGCUGCCGGAAAGUAAUCCCAACAUCUCCGACACCUCUAGUCCCAAUCUAGGAGUCCCUUCUCCAAGUCCAGAUGUAUCUUUUGCUGUGAACCAGUGUGAACAGCCCGCUGCUGCAGGUGAAUGCGGGGAUUGGGUCCUGAAGUGGAGCUACAGUGACGCAGAGGGUCGCUGUAAUCAGUUCUACUACGGCGGAUGCGGGGGCAAUGAUAACCGCUUCGAGUCCGAGGAGGAAUGCUCAGCUCGCUGCGAACAGGGAGCCGUAAAGAAGAAACUGGAACCACUGCUGGAACGCAAACCUACCUCCUCCGACACCUCCAAGUGCUUCCUGGCAUCCGAGCCGGGCCACUGCUUCGAGGACAAGAUUCGCUGGUACUACAACAGCCAACUGGGACUCUGCGACGAGUUCGUCUACACCGGCUGUGGCGGCAAUUCCAACAACUACGCCAGCGAAGAGGAGUGCCAAAACGAAUGCCGUGAUGCCCAGACCACCUGUGCACUGCCACGUGUCGAGGGCCGAUGCAAUGACCUCUCCAGGCGCUGGUACUUCGAUGAGUCCAGCGGCGGAUGCCACGAGUUCGAGUUCACCGGGUGCCGCGGUAAUCGCAACAACUUCCUGACGGAGAACGAAUGCCUCGCAUACUGCCGAAGUCCAGAAGAAGUGGAAUCUGCUGAACUACCGCCUCCAGCACCCAUCUAUUCCCAGUGCAACGCCCCUCCGCAGGCGGGUGGAUGCGAUGAUCGCAUUAGUGCCUGGUUCUACGAUAAUAAAUUCAAGGUCUGCACGAUUUUCACCUACAGCGGUUGCGGCGGAAACGGAAACCGCUUCGAGACGCGCGAGAAGUGCGAGAAGCAGUGCAGGGAUGUUCCCGCUUUGGUUGAUGUCCAUGCCGCACUGAAGUUGGAUUGGAAGAAUAGCUACACAAGCGGCUCUACCAUUUCCAUGACCUGCCUCGUACAAGGCUAUCCAGAACCCCAUGUGAACUGGAGCAAGGACGACGUGCCCCUUUACAACAGUGAGCGGAUUCAAAUUGCACCCAAGCUAAAUAGUCUGGUGCUGAGGGCUGCGACCCCUGAUGAUUCGGGCAACUACACCUGCACAGCCAAUAAUGGGUUCACUCAGGCUAGUGCCGAGGCCACUGUGUUUAUUCCCUCUGAUGUACAGGUGCCUCCGGGGUGCUCGGACUUCCCAUUCUUUUCCAACUGCCAUAUGGUCGUCCAGAACUUCCACUGUAACAACCCAUACUUCAAAAAUUCGUGCUGCCGUUCUUGCACUUUGGCCGGGCAAAUUGCGCACAACUAGACUGCGUUAUCAUUUUAAAAUCAUUUGAAACAAAUUAAAUAUAAAUCAAACCCUAUAUAAACAGGGUUUUUCAACCUCAUUUCAAAACAAAGCAAACGAGA